UCGGGAAGGAUCGGACCGCUUCGACUCAACUCGGAGUAUUUUCAUCACACAGUCCAUCAGAGCGCAGGCAGAUGCAAACCAGACCCUGCAGAAGCGAGAACGGGCUGGACCUGACCGGGACAGCGCGGCGGGACCGGACCAGGACGGCACCGAGGGAUCCGGACCGGACCGGACCGGGACGGUCAUUUUGGAUCCGGACUACGAGGUUUAAGCAGAGGCUACGGAGGAGCACCGCGCGUCUCUUCGUUACGGAGCCGGGUUGGAGUGCACUUCUGGCGCCUGCAGCUCCAGCUGCGAGCCGCUGAGCCGGAGACGGAACCAUGUACCCGGUCCAGGGGAGGGGCCAAAGGGCAGUUGCCAUGGUGCUGAAGGAGCUUCCUGGUAGAAAGGCGGCCUCUGAAGGGAACCCCCUCGCCACCGUGACAACAAAGCUGGUCGGUGAGCAGCAGGAGAGUCGGCCCCUGCUGAGCCCCUCCAUCGACGACUUCCUGUCUGAGAGCCGGAGCGAAUCCGCCUCCACCCGACCCCCCACCUCCAACACUGCAGUUCUGUCCACAGCUCUGGACCUGGUGGACCUCAGUGACCCAGGUGAGAACACCAGGAAGGACAGCAGGAGAAGUCCUCUGAGGAGGAAGGGCAGCUCUAAAAGUCCUCGACGCCGGGUGCGAGCAGAGGAGACGGAGCUGGUCCAGGUGGAGGUGGAACACCUGCCUGCCAGCCCAAGAACACCUGAGAGGGUUUCUCUGGAUUCAGUGAGUCUGUUCUCUCCUCUGGACAAAUGGGACAAAGUAAACGUCGGCAUGGAAGAUGGAGGACGCAGGAGGAGAUACGAGAAGAGAUGCACCUCCCACCACUCAUCCAGCGAGCUUCUGUGGUCUGCAGAGUUUAAAACGGAUCAUCUGAUGAAAAGCAACUUUGACUUUCACAGCUUUGAUGACCUGGACUUCACAUCUUCUGCACAGGAUUGUGGCGCCUCCAUACAGCGCCGGAGGACGCGCUCUCUGAUGCUCAGACACGAGUCUCUGGAGGAUGAAUUUGUGCGGGCGAAGGCGGCGGUGGAGUCGGACACAGAGUUCUGGGAUAAGAUGCAAGCAGAGUGGGAGGAGCUUGCUCGGAGAAACUGGCUGGAUGAAUCUGAGGCUAAGAAACCGACCCCGCCUACUGCCUCACCUGCAGAAAAGGGUUACUACUUCAACACCAACAACCCUUAUAGAGACUCGGCCAACGUCUUCACCGAGGGUCAGGAAAAAGCACGAGAGGGAGACCUGAACACAGCAGUGCUGCUGCUGGAGGCCGCCAUCCUGCAGGACCCACAGGACGCAGAGGCCUGGCAGCUGCUGGGAAUGACGCAGGCUGAGAAUGAGAAUGAGCAGGCCGCUAUUGUGUCCCUGCAAAGGUGUCUAGAGCUCCGCCCCAACAACCUGCCCGCCCUGAUGGCGCUUGCAGCAAGCUUCACCAACAGCGGCAUGCAGCGGGAGGCGUGCGACGCGCUGCGGCGGUGGAUCAACCACAAUCCGCGCUACCGACACCUGGACAUGGACAGGUGGAGCUCGCAGCGCAGCUCUCCAGCUGGCACGCCGCACAGGAGCCCCCACUGCUGCUCACCCGCCAGGGGGGAGCUGCAGGAAGUGCUGUUCCUCUUUCAGGAAGCAGCUCUGCUGAAUCUGGACUCAGUGGAUCCAGACCUGCAGACUGGACUGGGAAUCCUCUACAACCUGAGCUCAGACUUUGAUAAGGCGGUGGGAGCCUUCAGUGCGGCGUUGACCGUCAGACCACAGGAUUACCUGCUGUGGAACCGGCUAGGGGCGACUCUGGCGAACGGAAACCGCAGCGAGGAGGCGGUGGAGGCGUACACCCGAGCCCUGGAGCUGCAGCCCGGAUUCAUCCGCUCCCGAUACAAUCUGGGAAUCAGCUGCAUCAACCUGGGAGCGCACAGGGAGGCAGUCAGUAACUUCCUGACAGCUCUGAACCAGCAGAGGCGGAGUCAGAGCUGCAGCCAUCAGCAGAUGUCAGCCAACAUCUGGGCCGCUCUGCGCAUCGCCAUCUCCAUGAUGGACCAGCCCGAGUUGUUCCAGGCCGCCAGCACGGGUGACCUGGACCUCCUGAUGAGGGCGUUCCACGGGGGGGACGUGUGACCCGCCCCCACAGGAAACCACUCAGUGAAGCCAAAGAGAUGAGACGGCGCAGGAUUGUUACGUCAAACCCUUUAUAAGCCCCCCAGUGCUUCUGCUGCCCCUCUGCUUUUUAAAGCCAUUCAAGCCCCCAACCUGCAGCCCCGCCCAACACUUGCUCCUCCCCUUAGGUGACUUGCUACCAUCGGGGUUUUUGCAGGUUUAUCUGUUUACUGACAGAAAUGCAGACCCAAAUCUAAAAACUCAUUCAAGCCCAUUCAUUCAAUUUUCAUUUGGGAUCCAAAACGAAAAACUGUUAUAGUUCCUCCAUGAAUGUGAGGGGAUAAAAGGUUUGGACAGGAGGUCAUCUGAGGUCGUCAAUCCAAACCUCAUCUGAUGCUCCUGCAGGAACCAGUUUCUCCUCACAGCUGCUGCAUCCUGUGUCUGUCAGCUGGAAAACCGGAGCAGCAGAGAAGGUUUGAAUGUAUGGAGAGAUUAAUGUCUUCACAAAGAUGGGUGGAGGGAUGGAUGAAUAGAAUGGCUGGAUGGCUGGUAAAUCUAUGAAUGGAUAGAUGGAUGGAUAGUAAAGAAAUGAAUGAAUUGACAGACAGUCGGAUGGAUGGAUCAAUGGAUAGAUGUAUGGAUGAUUGUUAGAACGAUGGAUGGAUGGAUGGAUGAAAGGAUGGAUAGA